GAGCUCUGCACAUACCAGGAUGACUCUGCCAAUAGAAGAUGCUUCAGGGUUAGUCUAGCUGGUGUUGUUCUACUGCUACUAAGGUUUGGAUGGGAGUUCCCCUGUGGACUGGAUCCAAGCACAGCUGAUACUGGAGAAGCAUUGUGCACUGCAGCAGCUCACCGGCUGGAACCAGAAUCACCCACCUCCCAAAAAAGAGCCGUGGGGAAAUGAUGAAAUCCAGAAUUUUAUGGAGUUCUUCAGUCACAAUUAUCUGUUUGAUUCAAUUUCUGGGACUCAAAGGCGUCCAGGCUGAGACCAUCGAAUGUUACACCUGCAUGGAUCGAGGAGAAGGGUCCUGCUUACCGGACAGAGCGGUGAAUGUUUCCUGCCCUCCAGAUCAUGACAUGUGUGUGGAGACCAUCACAGCCAUAAAGACAAGUCAUGACAACCAUGUUGUGCUGAGUAAAGGCUGUGGCUAUGGUGGUCCCACUAUGCUGGAAAAAAACAUAAUAUCCUACGGAUUAUCCAUAUAUAUGCAACUUAGCCAAUGCAACACUAGCUUGUGCAACACCAACAUGGACCUGAAACACUACAACCUUGCCCCUGAUGAUAAUAUAACUCAAGUACCUAACGAUGACCAAUGCUACAGCUGUGUAGGAACACCUAAAGCAGAGUGUUCGCCAUCCAGCGCUCCUGUAAAGCAAUGCUACAAUGCGUACAACCACUGCUUUGAUGGAAAUCUCACCAUAUCCACUGGUAACGAAACAACAACCGUACCACUCAAGAGCUGCUCCACGAGAUACCACUGUGGUAAGCACACUCUAACCUACGGGAGCGUGACUGUCGAGAUGAUAGGAUCCUGCUGUUCAGAAGACCUCUGCAACAGUGACCUGUCCAAUAAAACACAUCUGGCGGAGCUGCCGUAUCUUGUCCUGCUGAAUGAUAAGAAUGAGCAAGAUCCCGUCAAAGUGGUUCCGCCUAAUUUUGUAAGCGCAACACCAGAGGCAGAAGUAACUCACGAUAAUCGCUCCCUUGUGCCUAAGGAUUAUAACGUGGCUAAUGGACUUUCCUUUUCACUUUGGCUUUCUUUUAUUUUAAUUACACUUUCUCUUGUGAACUGUAGCUCUCUUUUUUCCUAGGGAAGGGUCUGCCAAUGUAUCAAGGGGGAAGGGGGAUCAUGCCCCAAUAUCCCCCGCCCCCCCCGUCAUUCUAACUUGAUUUUUUCAAAUGAGAGUUGGCACUGAGUGGGUGACAAGGCCUCUUUAAAGGUAACCUAUGCUGAUACAAAUACUAGCGGUGGCCUCUUUCUUUCAAAAACCCUAGUGCAUGCUGGUCUUCUUAUUGAUCUAUGUAACGAUCAGGUGUUAACACUGUUUACGAUAUUCCAUUCCACCAACCCAAGACAGCUUAUCCGACACUCCACAAUCCAGCAGACACGAUCCAUAAG